AUGGGAGUCAGUAAUCCUUGGCUUGGCAGUACGGCAGACGGCGUCAAAUUGCCGAAGUUGCGGAUUGACUCCUUUUCUGGUGAGCUGUCUCAGUGGCAAGGUUUCUGGGAUCAGUUUCGUGUCAGUAUUCAUGAGAACCCCAAACUUUCUAACGUCAACAAGUUCAAAUAUUUGAUCUCACUCGCCACCGGACCCGCUGCUCGAGCGAUAGAGGGGCUAUCACUCAGGGACGAGAACUACGUUACGGCCGUCGAUAUCCUCAAGGCACGGUUUGGCAAGACUGAGCUUUUGGUGAGCAACCACUUGGAUUCUUUGUUCGACUUGCCUCCUGUGAAGUCUAUUGAUGAUAUCAGAAGUUUGAGAAAGUUCCAUGAAGCCGUUACGGUUCGAAUUCGGAAUCUUCAGAGUCUGGGUGUAUCACGAAGCCAAUAUUCGAUUACCAUUUUCCGGACAAUUCUUCGGAAGAUACCUUCACCACUUGAGUUGGAAUACUACUGUGUGAACAGAACCGACUCUGCAACCGCCUCGGCAGCCACGUCGACGGCCGAUGAUCUGUCAUCACUUUUGGAUUUCCUUGAAAAAGAAAUUGAGUUUCGAGAACGGGUCCGCAGGCCGACAGCUUCGUCUAAGGAGGAUACUGCUGAUCGCCGCAAGACACCCCUUUACCCUUCUGCUGCUUCUUUAGCAGCCAGCGCGACGGCAGCGGUGUGUGUACUCUGCAAGUCUAAGGAGCAUUCGCUAGAAGCUUGUACAGCCCCACUGAGCGCAGCGGACAAGAGGAGCCUAUUGCGUCGGGAAGGGCGUUGCUUUCUGUGUGGCAAGCAGUCACAUUUGUCGAAGGAUUGUCGCGUCUGCUACAGACUUCGUUGCCAAAAUUGCAAUAGGCGGCAUCUCACACAGUUGUGUCUGGAGGGCCUUUCCGCUUCGUCGUCCAAUGUCGCUGUUACUCCAGACAUCGUUACGACAUCUCCUGCUCCGUCGUCGAGCGCGGCAGUGGUUCAGGACAUCGUCACGACCAUGUCCUCUGCCCCACAUGCUCCCAAAGUGCAGCCUGAACGGGAAAUUCUUUUGCAAACAGCAAAGGUAUGGGUACAGGGCGAGAAUGGCCAACGACGCCUGGUGCGAGUUCUGCUCGAUGGCGGCAGCCAGCGCAGUUUUAUCCGCAAGGAUAUCUCGGCCAAGAUUGGAUGCACUGCGUUGCGUACUGAGGACUUGCAUAUUCACACCCUUGGAAAUGUCGCUCCCUCCCGUACUACAUACCGUUGCGUACAAGUAGUACUGUGUAGCCAAUUCGCUUCUCCUGACCGGGACCCUGCAGUUACGAUCGAGGCACUUGAAUACGAGCAAAUAUGUUCGAACAAGCUACCAGCCCUUAAUGAAGAUCUCUCAAGGCAGCUGAAAACCAUGGGUCUUGACAUUGCUGACGAACCCACGAAAGCCAUCUGUGACGUUUCGCUGUUAAUCGGCAGUGAUUUUUACUGGAAGAUCGUCACCGGCGCUUCCGUUCGGUUAUCAGAACAGCUGGUCGCUGUUGAAACUCUUUUCGGGUGGACGCUACAAGGCCUGUCUGCGAACGCCUCCAAGCAAGACGGUUCUAUUGGAGUAAUGCAGAUUGGGGUACAAUCUGGAGACACCGUCAUCGAUAUUGACUCCCAGCUGCGUGCUUUCUGGGAACUAGAGCAUAUGGGCAUUGUCCACCGCGAAGAGUCUAACCCAGAUGACGACACUGUGCUCCAGCGAUUUCGUUCCUCGGCAUCGUUCGAAGAUGGUGACAACAAGGCCUUAGCAGUGCAGCGCCUCCAGGCCAUCACAAAGAAGUUGUUGCGGGACGAGUCACUGCUACAGGAGUACGAUCAGACUAUACGGGAGUAUUUGAACAAUGGUCAUGCAGAGCGCGUUACAGACCCUGAAGUCAAUUCGGGACCGGUCUACUACAUGCCGCAUCACGCUGUAAUUAGAAGAGACCGGGAAACCACCAAAGUCCGCAUCGUCUUCUAUGCUUCAUCGAAGGCAUCUGGUUGCGUUUCGCUUAAUGAAGCUCUUGCGCUUAAUGUGCUGGAGCUACUCUUGCGCUUCCGCACUUACCCGGUAGCCCUUAUAGCAGACGUGGAGAAGGCUUUUCUACAAAUUGUAUUGGAUAAGCACGACCGGGACUGUUUAAGAUUUUUCUGGUACGCUUCAACCCCCCACGUGAAAGAGCCUUUACCUCCAUUAGAGACCUGGCGAAUGACUCGUGUUCCCUUCGGCGCAAGGUCUAGCCCAUUCCUCUUGGCGGCAACACUCAGACAGCACUUGCAUUCGGCCGCAGGCUCUCACCCUGAAACGGCCCCGUUGCUUGCCAGUAACUUCUACGUCGACGAUCUUGUUGUCGGGGCGGACACUGUUGAACACGCUGCAUCUCUCUACUGUGAAGCUAAAGCCAUUUUGCAAGAAGGCGGAAUGAAAUUAGUUAAGUGGUCUACCAAUGAUUCUACUCUGCAAGCCAGGUUUGAAGCUGAUCGUGUCGCGCCUGCGAAGAGCGCAAUCAUGAAGAAAGUCCUCGGUCUGUCCUGGGACACUGAUUCCGACGAGGUGUUGUACUCGUUGAAGUCAUUUUUCGAGUUCCUCGAGAAACGUUCUGAUACCAAGCGUUACGUUCUGCAAGCGGUAUCUCGUGUAUACGACCCCUUAGGGUACAUCGCUCCUUAUGUCAUCACCGCUAAGAUACUGCUUCAGCGUCUGUGGCUCGCAAAGCUGUCAUGGGAUGAAAAGCUCCCGGAGGAGUUGCUCCAUGUUUGGCACAAGUGGUGCAAUGAAGCGCAUACACUUUCUCGUAUCAGGAUUCCGCGAAGAUUCAUUGCUACGAUGGCUUUUUCUACGGCGGCAAAGACAUUGCAUGUCUUUUGCGAUGCCAGCACGCAAGCCUAUGGCGCUGUCAUCUACCUCGUAUCAUGCAACAGCACCGGGCAUGCGGAAGCAACACUUGUGCUCGCGAAGACUAGAGUAGCCCCGACGAAGACAACUUCAUUGCCACGGCUCGAAUUGAUGGGCGCAAUCUUAGCCGCGCGUCUUUCCAGCUUCGUGACAAACGCCGUAUCGCUUCGUGAGGCAAGAGUCCUCUUUUGGACAGACUCAGAGAUUACUCUGCACUGGAUUUAUGGGGCACCCACUACAUGGAAGCCGUUUGUGGCGCAUAGAGUCGCAGAGAUUCAGUCGAUUACGUCUCCUGACCAAUGGAGACACUGUCCGGGACGGGACAAUCCCGCUGAUCUUCUUACAAGGGGAACGUCUUGUCUUCACAUCGCGGACAGUCCUUGCUGGUGGAACGGACCGGAGUGA